AUGAAUGGUACUCAAACAUUUCCUAUGUUAGAAUUGUCUAUAUUCAAUAAAAGUGAUUAUCAAUCAUCUAUUCGAUCAGCUACAGAUCUCACUAGGUAUUUGAAUGAUUAUUCACUUGCAUCAAAUGAAAUUUUCAAAAAAAAAUUCUUGGAAUUAUUGAUGAAUUCAUAUGAAAGACAAUGUUACAUUGAAUUAUUCAAUAAUGAAGAAGUGUUAACAUUUACGCGAGAGUUAACACAACAAGUAACGUUCAUCGACAUCGAAAGUCGAUUCGCUGGACCAUAG